UGACAACACAGAGUGAGAGAUGUCAUGUUUUGACAAUUUCAACACUGACUUUUACCAGUCCAGCUACAGUGUAGAUGACCAAAACCAAGCCGGCUAUGCCUACGGCAACACCGAGGAGCCCUACAACAAGCCAUAUGGUCAGUAUGACUACUCUCAGCCCAUGGGAUACACUGCCCCCGGGAUGAUGCAGCCCCAGCAGCCAUACACAGGACAAAUCUUCCAGCCUGCACAGACCUACAGCCCAUCCCCAUCACAAUCCAUGUACAGUAGCAGCUUUGAUGAUGAGCCUCCACUGCUAGAAGAAUUAGGAAUCAACUUUGACCACAUCUGGCAGAAGACUCUGACGGUGCUUCAUCCAAUGAAGGUAGCAGACGGCAGCAUCAUGAAUGAGACAGACCUGGCUGGCCCCAUGGUCUUCUGUUUGGCCUUUGGAGCAACACUUCUCCUGUCGGGUAAGAUCCAGUUUGGCUAUGUGUACGGUAUCAGUGCGAUUGGUUGCCUGGGCAUGUACUGCCUACUCAACCUAAUGAGUAUGACGGGGGUCUCCUUCGGCUGUGUGGCCAGCGUGCUGGGAUACUGCCUCCUUCCCAUGAUUCUCCUCUCCAGCUUUGGGGUCGUCUUCUCUUUACAGGGCAUGAUGGGAAUUAUAAUAACAGCAGCAAUCAUAGGCUGGUGCAGUUUCUCAGCUUCAAAGAUCUUCAUCUCUGCGUUGGCCAUGGAUGGGCAGCAGCUAUUGGUCGCCUACCCCUGUGCUCUUCUAUACGGGGUCUUUGCUCUCAUCUCUGUCUUCUAAUAAAAUCACUCAGUAACACUUUAAAAGAUCUUCUCCCAGGUCUCUGUAAUUUCAGUCUAGUUGGCGUCACUGUAAUUUUGCCCAAUUACACUGUUAUUACAGAAAAAUGGGAGUUCCUGUCUAAAAGUGGCAUCAAGGUUUUCUUUUUCCUUUUAUAAGCCGCCACAACACUCUGACUCGACCACCUCCUGACUGGAGUGUAUUAUUUCACUCAUGUCUUUUCUCCACCUUGCUCCCACCAUACAUUGAAUGGAGCAGACAGUCAAUUAAAACUGCUGAAAACCAUCUCUCCUGUGGACCAUUUUAAGUCUUAGACGACCAAGUGCAGUUUAAAGAGUUUAAGGACAUGAAGUGGGGGAAGAAGUGAGCAAUCAGUUCACACAAUGGAAACCCGAGGAGACAUUAGAUUUGACUGGCAAGGGGUCUCAAAUUUUCCAUACAGGACCAAUAAGCAACCCUCAGCAAACCCUGCAGACCAAUUUUGAGCCAGUGGAAACGCUUCCUAAUAUGAUAUUUUGAGGCUCUUCUGGCAAACACCUAUCGUUUUCUAAAGCUGCAAGACUAAGGGAAACUUCCACUUCACUUCUGCACAUGGAUAUGGAUGCUAAGUCUACUUCUACAACAAGAAAGGACGGAGGAAACUGGGGGACUCCUCCUCUAUAUCCUAUUUUCCUGCAGGACUUGAGGAGCUUUUAAUCUCCACUUUUCCCUUGAUCUCCGAUGUAAACAGAGCAGCCGAGCAUCAUCUUCUCAUGUAUAGUUUUAUUAUAUUCCCUUGAAUUUCAUUUGAGUUGUGAUGCCUUUUCCAGAAAAGACAACAAUCCAGUUUGCACAGAAGCAUGGUUCUUAUUUCUGACACCAAACACAAUUGAUUAAAUAUGGAGCAUUCAACGCCUGAGAGAUGCUGUAUGUUUCUAGGUACAGACAUGUCUGUCUUAAGUUGUUGCCAUAGUUUGCAUUUUCUAAAUCUUUGUUUUAGAGUUGACUCACUUUGUACGCUUCGAUGUGUCAUUUGUUGUUCAUGUCUUCUUACACAUUAAAGUUGUCUUUGAAGGUUACACACUGCUUUGUGCAAUUGCAUUAUAAGGUCCAAGAAUUAAAGGUAUACAGGAGAUGAUCCAUGAAGACAAUUGUCAACUACUAAGUUUUAUUUAGAUCAAAUCAAUAAUGAGCAUUCUCUGAUUCACACCUUUGUAAUUUGUUUUGCUCCUUAGUCCAUUAAGACCUUGAAGGUUUCAAACAAGGUGGGUAAUUAUAAGAAAAGUGAGAGCGUACAUCUCAGUGUACUAUACAUGUUAGCGUAUAGAGUAUGACCUAUGACCUCCUGCUUUACAAAGUUUCUACCUUUAGAAUCAGCUGAGAGUACCCGUGAAUGGCAGAUUACUGAUCAUGUGCUCAAGAUAGUUUUGUUAAUUUGAUUCAGACAUUCCUUAAUCUUUCCGCUGAGCAAAUCUUAGUUACGGUUAAUAAAACAUGUACCUUGAACGACCAAGGACUUCUGAUUAAAGCUUGCUGCAUGAUUGCCUGCAAACACUUUUCUUUUUUACACCCUAGCACAUAACACAAGAGCUGUACCUUUACACCAAACAAUCUUUUGACCUCAUGGAUGUUUGCAUGUUUUUCAUUUAACACCUCUUCAGAACUUCUGCUUCAUUGAUUAUUGUGUGGGUUUUGAUUUUUGACUGUAGUAUCGGCUUUUCAAUGCUUUACAAAAUUACAAUUAAAAAUCAUGGAUCAGA